AAUACAGGUUUACUGUACCUUGUCUCAGAAAAGAAAGACAAAGUUACAGGAAACAAGGUGUGUCACUCUAACUGGACAUAUUGUUCUCUGAUGAGAUCAUUACAGAGACAAGAGCUAAGCUGGAAAUGACAGUGAAUAGUAAUAAAGCAGCCCAUUCCGCCCCCUGUUCUUGCAGGUAUAAAGAAGCAAGAGAAAUAGUUUUUACACAAUACUGCUAAAGAAAAACACACACACAAAAAAAAACAAGAGAGAUACAGAAUGAAUCUUCUACUUCUAGUGGCUGCUUUGGGGCUCACCGGAGCAUCUCCCCUGGCAGACUACAAAGUGAGCCAGCCUCACUCCAAACCCUGGCAGGUCUAUCUACACGGUGAACGACAGUCCUGCAGCGGCGCUCUCAUCAACGCAUGGUGGAUAGUUACGUCUUUUGGUUGUACACCCAGACCUGACAGUAGCAUUGCUUCUCUCGGAGAACAUGAUGUGACAGUGCGGGAGGGCACUGAGCAACACAUUCAGGUCGCUGACGUGGUCGUUCACAGCCCCUACCGCUCACCCCUCCACAGCCUCACAAUGGUCCGCCUAGCAGAGCCAGCCAGAUUCAACCAGUACGUCCAGCCCAUCCCUUUGCCCAGUCGCUGCCCACAGCCUGGAGAGACCUGCUAUGUCUGCGGUUGGGGCUCCACCAUCCCAAAUCACUAUGAGCCCCCCAAAUUCCUGAAGUGUAUAACUGUGCCUGUUGUGGAUGACCAGACGUGUAGAAACACAUUCCCUGAGUACAUUUUCUGGAGCCUGGGCAUGGUUUGCGCUGGUCAAGCAAACACAGAAAACUGCAUAAAUGACUGGGGCAGUGUGCUGGUAUGCGAUGACCAGCUGCAAGGAGUGCAGUGGUACAACAACGGCUGCAGUAACCCAGCUCAUCCCAGCGUCUACACCAAGCUGUGCAUGUACACUGACUGGAUCAGCAAUGUGAUGGAUCGCUACACAACCACUCCACCAACUGAAACCAGCUACACAACCACUCCACCAACUGAAACCACACCAGAGAUGAUCAUAUGAGGCAGCAGAGAGCCAUUUACUCACACAUAAAAUGUAAAGAUUAUUAUAAAUAUUGUUCCUGACAAUUUAGUGGGGAAGUUUAGCAGUUGCCCACACUUUGGUUAAGACUAACUGACAUAAAUUCUAUGCUCAGCUAAAAAAGGCAAGAAAAUCUGCAUGCAAGCUAAAAAUGCGGGCAAAAAUAAUAAAAUAUAAUGUCAUGUGUUCGGAAACUUCAUGUUUUAUUCAUGAAGUUUUGUACACCCUUCAUGCAGCGAUUACUUUUUUCCCCUCAUUUGCAUCAGCAAAACAUUUCCACAGCUGGUUAAUAGCUGCUGCUAAUUACCUUUGAUAUUUUUUCACCCUAGAUUACAACUUCCCACAUGCUGCUCUGUGUCUGACAAUGACACAUUUUACCUGCGCAGCACCACACUGCAAACAGACAGCUAGUUACAAAUGGUGUAGUGGAGUGUUCAGCAGCUAUCAUGACUGAUAAUCAUGUCAGUCACAAAACUCACUUUCAUAUUUUAUAAGAAUGAUUUCCAAAUGAAACACUUUCUGCUUAACACAGUGUCUUUUUAAAUUCAUAGCAAUAAAAUCAAAUUAAGGUCAAACAAAAUGAGCAUGGUAACGAUAAUAACCUGGGAAUUUUGAAUUAAUCAAAUGCUGCCAAAGGAUGAGACAAAAGAUGAGCAGCAAUAAUAUGAAGCGCCACUAGAUGGGGGUACUGUCCAAUAAUAAAGAAACACAUUGAGCCAAUGUCCCAAAGAGAGAAAGAAAGAGCGAGACUGGGAGAGAGAAAGCCAUUGCUCAUGGCAGUGUAGACAGGUGAUGUAAAUUUUACAUUGGGUUUUACACUGCAAUGUUUUGUGUGAAUGCUGAUCUGAGCUCUGCCUUGACAUCAGUAUGUUCACAAUAAGAUGGUCUAGCAAUAAACACAUGGAUCUAAUGCAAUACAUACCGAGUACAAAGGAACUGGGGAAUACAAGAGAGAGUUAAAGCAUACACACUCACAAAAAAGCACAGACACCACAUACGCACAAAAUCAAAUUCACACACACACACACAC